AUGUUCAAGCAGCUUCCUCAGCCUCAUGAAGGAAUUUUGCGGUUCCUGCAAGGCCAGCUCCAGCUCCAGCAAGGCUACCAAGACCAGCUCCACCAGUUCCAGCUAACUUUAACUGGAGAAGUUUUCAUGGUGAGGAGCAAAAUCCAAAUGAAAGGAAAGCUUUUCUUGGAGACAUUUAACCAUCAAGGCUUCUGCCAAUACAUGCCCAUGAAACCAACCAAGUGGGGUAUAAAGGUGUGGGUUAUGGCAGAUGCAGGGACAGGGUACUACUGUAGGCUACAAAUCUACAUUGGCAAGGAGGGAAAUGCUGUGGAGAAAGGCUUGGCAAGCAGAGUUGUCAAUGAUCUUAUCGAAGAUUAUCAAGGACUUGGUCAUCAGCUUUAUGUUGACAACUUUUACACCUCUCCCCAGCUAUUCAAGAACUCUUGGACGCUGGAACACCCGGCUUGGACUGCAGUGUACUGGAAAGACAAAAGAGAUGUGUAUGCACUGUCCACAAUCCAUGGCAAUGCUGUUGGAGAUGACUUGCCCCAUAAGCCUGAGCCCAUCAGUGGGUACAACAAAUACAUGGGUGGUGUUGAUCGCAAUGACCAACUGUUGGCUUACUUCACCACUGGACAAAAAGCAAUGAGGUGGAAGAGAGUAUUUUGUGAUGUUUUGCAACUGCUUAAAAAUUGAGGUGUGUGAAGUUGCAUUUUAAUGUUCUUCUCAAUAAUCUUUAACUUUAAACAGCACAACUCUCAUUUAAUAAAUGUCAGGUGUAAGUUUUUCUUUUCAAUGUAAAAUUGCAGGGAACAUUAUUACAAUCUAGUUUGGUAGGACAAGAGUAAGAUAGCCUAAUAGGACCCUAACGUGGAGCAUUUCAACACCAAUUGUGGUCUACCCUGUGCCAGAAGUUCAGUUAAUUAGUAGAGAGCCACAUGCAAUAUGCAUCAGCAUGCUCGCCCCCCUCCCCUUCCACUGAGAUCCUUGAACAGGCUAAUAAUUUUGCACCCAAGAUUGUUUUAGAAUUCAAAAUGUCCCAUGCCCCAGAGGUUGCACAAGGAGCCAUGUUAAGUUUUUAAUUUGCCUACCUUCAAGUCUGAUUUAAUUAACUUGCCGCCAUGGAGUCUUUUGAUACUAAAAUUUAAACCUUUUGAAAAACUCUGACAAAUAUGAAUGUUUUGAAAUUCCCUUUAUUGGAAUACUUAUUGCAACAAAUUAUAUAUCAAAAUGCCCCUGGAAACACAAAUAACAAGAACAAUCACUGAAAAAUCCUUCAUUGUCCAUGCAAACCAGAACUGGUUAAGAUAUCCAACAGCGAGGAGCCAGCAAUUCACCAUGUUGCUGUUACGGUAACAAAAACCACAACACCUAACAUCCACAGCAUAGCCAAACACAUUAGCACCAUAACAUCUCAAUCUCAGACCACACUUCUAGUCAACCACAGUUCAAGAACAAACACCAUCACAUCACAUGUAUAUUCACCAACACAGACCACACCAUUACUCAACCGCAGUUCACGUAUACACACGACUACAUCACAUACAUAUUCACCAACUCAGACCACACCAUUGCUCAACUGCAGUUCAUGCACACACACCAUUACAUCACAUACAUAUUCAACAACUCAUAACACACCAUUACUCAACCACAGUUCAUGCACACACACCAUCACAUCACAUUCAUUUUCACCAACUCAGAACACAUAAGCAUUCAACCACAGCACUGGUAAACACACCAAUACAUCACACAAACAUACACUACUACCUGACCACAAUUCACAUACAACUUUGCAAAACACAUUUAUCACUCCUCCCCAAGCACGUGACUUAGAUACAUACCCAAAACCAUUGUCUUGUCACAUCUCCUCCGAAAGGCUUUACAGAAUUGCUCAACUGAGCGGAGACGAUUUUCAUUCAUUUAGGGAAACCCAAGUCCUGUCCAGGAAAUACCGGUCUGUCUGCCAGUCAACCACAACAGACUCAAGAGGUAAUAACAACAUCUUUGUGCAGUCUUUGCAAAGGAAGGCUUCCCAAGGACACAUAACUGGUCAUUGGAGGAUUCAAGGAUGGAGAACGUGUGGAUACCAUGAAAAAUUCCCAGAGAUAUGGCAAACUACAACUCAUCAUGAAGAGCAGAUAUCGGGAUGUUGUUUCAUGUUAAAUACACUGUAAAUCCAUAAACAAGCAUCAUCAUCAUCAUCUAAUUGCCACACACAGAUGUGCUUGCAGAAUGAUAGCAGUUUCACCCCAUGGCGAGUUUGCCCCCACCGAGUUUGCCUCCACUACAAAAUUCCUAUUUCGAGUUC